AUGCUGCUGCAAAAAUUAUAUCGUAUUACAAACUGCAACAGAAAUCUUCAAAGAGCUAUUUUAUAUAAAAAUAUUCAUCCAGAGAGAGCUUAUAAGAGGAAAAACAACAUGCAAAUUUUUAGGAAGUUAACAAUAAUGUCACCAUUUACUGUAAUGGGGAUGUGGGGAUUUGUAAAAAGCAACAAUGAAGACAAGACACAGAUUGUAACAAACGAACUUCUUGCUAAAGCAGAUACACUUUUUGAUCAGGGAGACUACAGGAAUAUAUAUAAUCUUCUCUCAAAUUAUAAGAAUAGUAAGGAUGUUGAAAUCUUAUGGCGUUUAAGUAGAGCCAUUUAUAAAAUGUCUGAAAUGGCCAGUGAUGUUGAAGCACAAAAGUUAACUUAUGAGGGAUAUGAUUUGUUAUGCAAGGCUCUUGAUAUUCAAGAAGAUCACUAUGCUUUGCAUAAAUGGAUGUCUAUAUUCCUUAAUAAGAAAAGUAUUUUGGAAGGUACAAAGGCACAUAUAAAAGAAUCAUAUAAUAUUAAGAAACAUAUACUGAGAGCAUUAGAGUUAAACCCUAAUGAUGCAACGUUACUUUACAUGCUGGGAAACUGGUGCUAUGAGGUUUCAAAUCUGACGUGGUAUCAACGAAAAAUAGCAUCUGUUAUAUUUGGAGAACCACCAACUUCGACUUUUGAAGAAGCGCUGAUGUAUCACGAGGCUGCUGAAAAAACUGAUCCAAAUUUUUACAGUCAUAAUUUACUAAUGCUGGGAAAGACAUAUUUGAAAUUGAAUCGUAAGGAAGAUGCGAUAAAGUAUUUUAAAAAAACUGCUGAAUUUCCUGCAAAGAAUGAUGAAGAUCAACAAGCCAAACAAGAAGCACAAAAAAUAUUAAACAGUAUAUCAAAAUAGUACAUGCAGAGAUAAGUAUUAACUAUAUUUUUAAAUA